GCAGCCUCUCUCUCUCUAUCUCUCUCUCUCCAUCUCCCUCAAGUUCUCAGACCAAAACAGCACCGGAAACCACCGCGACAGAUCCGGGUCCCGACGACCAAUCGUCGUAGGAAGGAGAAUGGAGUGCGUGUUCGGCUUGGUCGGCGACGGGUUCGCCAUCCUGGUCGCCGACACCUCGGCGGUCCACAGCAUCCUGGUCCACAAGUCCAACGAGGACAAGAUCAUGGUCCUCGACUCCCACAAGCUCGUCGCCGCCAGCGGCGAGCCCGGCGACAGGGUCCAGUUCACGGAGUACAUACAGAAGAACGUGGCGCUGUACCAGUUCAGGAACGGGAUUCCUUUGACGACCGCUGCCGCCGCCAACUUCACGCGGGGCGAGCUCGCCACUGCCCUGAGGAAGAAUCCAUAUUCUGUAAACAUCCUUAUGGCUGGUUACGACAAGGAGACAGGCCCUUCCCUCUACUUCAUUGAUUACAUUGCCACCCUCCACAAGGUAGAUAAGGGUGCGUUUGGUUACGGAUCCUACUUCUCCCUUUCCAUAAUGGACAGACUUUACCAUAGCGGCAUGUCACUCGAAGAAGCCAUAGAUCUGGUCGACAAGUGCAUCGUGGAGAUCAGAUCCCGGUUGGUCGUGGCGCCUCCAAACUUUGUGAUCAAGAUUGUCGACAAGGAUGGUGCGCGAGAGUAUGCUUGGCGCGAGUCUGUCAAGGACAUCCCUGUGGUUUCUGCUUGAGAUCGACUACUGUUUUAAGUCCCUUUUUUCUGUUGAUUAGAAAACAGCUCCAUAUGCAACUUCAAAUUGUAUGGAUAUGAAUCUGCUCGGAAUCGUGAUAUUUGCAUCCUGAAAGUGGUUUUCUUUCCUGUCUGUAGGACCCCAGUUUUUUCUUUUUCUGGGGGAUUGCUAUCUAAGUGGUGAGUUCGGCUUGGGGUUUUCACCUGCA